CUACAAAACAACGAGACGUUUAUUGCAUUUAAUCUCGCACCAAACGAACACAAGAGUGUGAGAGAGAAGAUCGCUCACGUUUGUUCAUCUCCUGCACCGACCGAUCUCAUUGCGGCGGAGGAAAGAAACAGCCAGUUUCCAGGAAGAGAGACGUGAUUUUGUGUGUGUUUUGAGAAAGAGAGGUUAGAAAAAGAAAAAAAUGGUUGGACCGUCGCGGCCUCAGAUCGUUUUGUUUGGAUCAUCCAUUGUUCAGAUGAGCUUUGGCCACAGUGGUUGGGGUGCUAUUCUCUCCGAGGUCUAUGCUCGCAAGGCCGACAUCAUUCUGCGAGGAUAUUAUGGAUGGAACUCAACUCGUGCUUUGGAAGUUGUGGACAAAGUGUUCCCCAAGGAUGCUGCGGUACAACCUUCCCUGGUGGUUGUCUAUUUUGGAGGAAACGACUCAAUGGGGCCUCACCCUUCUGGUCUAGGACCUCACGUACCGCUUACUGAAUACGUUGAUAACAUGAAGAAGAUCGCUCUUCAUAUUAAGAGCCUUUCUGACUCAACCCGUAUCAUAUUUCUUAGUUGCCCUCCAGUGGACGAGGCCAAAGUUCGUCAGAACCAAAGCCCAUACUUGAGCGAGGUGAUCCGCACAAAUGAGCUUUGCAAGGCUUACUCAGAUGCUUGUGUGGAGCUGUGCCAAGAGCUCGGCCUAGAAGUAGUUGAUCUCUUCUCCACUCUUCAGAAAGCAGAUGACUGGAAAAGUGUUUGCUUCACAGAUGGGAUACAUUUGUCAGCACAAGGAAGCAAACUAGUGGCGGCAGAGAUACUAAGAGUGAUUAAAGAAGCGGAAUGGAAACCGUCGCUUCACUGGAAAUCAAUGCCAACCGAAUUCUCCGAGGACUCUCCGUAUGAUCUUGUUUCAGCAGAUGGCAAAGAGACACUAAACUCUUCAGAAUGGACAUAUUUCUGGGAAGAACAAUGGGACUAAACAUUUAAAUACAUACAACAAGAAGAAAAGAAGAACAAGAAGACCCUAUCUUUAUAUAAUUUGCUGUCAUAAUGUGAUAAGCAUUGCUUUAGAAUUGUUUACAAGUGUCUUCUCUGCUAUAAUCUGAUUCCACUCUAAAAAAUGUUACCAUUUCAAAAGUCUUUGUUAUC